AUGAACAAAAGAAAAGAGGAACUGUCAAAAGGAUUUCUAAGCUCUACUAAUGACAUGCUUUCAUGUCUACUUGCAUUAAGGGAUGAAAAUCAUCAGCCUCUAGCUGAUGAUUUGAUUGCUGACAAUUUUAUUUUUCUAUUUGUUGCUAGCCAUGACACAUCUGCUACUCUUAUGAGCUUGAUGAUAUGGAAGUUAUCUAAAGAUCCUGAGGUUUACAAUAAAGUUUUAGAAGAGCAAAUGGAAAUUAUAAAGCAAAGGGAAGGAACAGAAGAGAGGCUAACAUGGACUGAGAUACAAAAAAUGAAAUACACAUGGAGAGUUGCUCAGGAAUUGAUGAGGAUGAUGCCACCAUUGUUUGGUAGCUUCAGAAAAGCACUUCAAGACAUUACCUAUGAAGGAUAUGACAUACCAAAAGGGUGGCAGGUGUAUUGGGCAGCAUGUGGAACGCAUAUGAACAAUGGUAUAUUCGAGAAUCCACACAAGUUUGAUCCAUGUCGUUUUGAAAAUCCAACCAAGCCAAUUCCACCUUUUUCUUACAUUCCAUUUGGUGGAGGGCUUCAUUAUUGCAUUGGAAAUGAGUUUGCCAGGGUUGAGACAUUGACUACUAUUCACAACUUUGUAAAGAUGUAUGAAUGGUCACAAGUAAACCCAGAGGAGCCAAUUACUCGUCAACCAAUGCCAUAUCCAUCCAUGGGUCUCCCAAUUAAGAUCAAACCCAGAUGCAAUAUGUCUUAG